CAGAUAUGUGAAUCAAUAGUCAGCUAAGGCAGGUAGUUCUCUGGACUGCUUUUUCCUGCUCUCCUAACAACUUGCCAGAGGUCAAACCCCCUGCCAGUAACUGGUAGCAAUGCUGGAGCUGCAGUUCAGCAACAUAGAAAACCCUGUGCUUUGUCCAUUCCUGACAAUACCAAAAAGGCAAAAGGGUGGGCUGGAUGUUUUUAAAACAAGAAUGAACCAGGAAGAUUUGACCAGCCUUGUACAAAGCUGGAUUAAUUCCUUGGGAAUAUAUUUCAAGGUUAAUGCAUGUGGUAAAUAUGUGAGUAUAGAGCACAAAUGUUUUGAAAGGCCUGGAAAGUGUUUAGAGGAAGUUGUAAAUAACAAUUUGACUCAGUUGUGCCAUAGGCUUUGGAAGGUGUUUUUCACUGGGUUUUAGGAAUGUGGGCAAACAGGUUUCUUGGCUGGCAUUGCUUGGCAGUGGGAACCUUGUGAUUCCUCUGUUGUAGCAGAGGUGUGCCCUUAUGUGGACUUGUCUGGGCCCAUUUCUAGGCUAAGUGCUUUCCUUUUUAAUUUGAUAAUCUCUCCUGUUAGUGUCAAUUCUAGGGCCUCACCUCGAGGACAUCAAAUUCUAAGUAAGAAUGUGUAUUAGCAGUGUGUCCUUUUCACACUGGAAUAACGGCACCUGGCUACCACUACAAUAUAUGCAUUUGAAGAUUUAAGAACUGUGUAGAAAAGACUGACCCAACCUGGCCUGAGAGUAGGGAGCACCUUAAAGUGGGGUAUCCAUCGAUUGACAUAAAUAAGGCUUUCUAUUGUGUGUAGGGUGAUACUCAAGACUUUUUUGUAGUAGUCCAGCAUUCCAUCCCAACAAAAAAUCCCCCCUUGGCAUGUUUUAAUGUGAAAUCCAGCAUGGGGUGUAGUAAUUUGUUCAGUGUUGGACUACAACAUUGGAAGACCAGGAUUUGAAUCCCUACUUGGCCAUAGGAACCCAUUGGGUGACCUUGAGCAGGUUACACACUGCUUCAUAGGAGAAAGCAAACCCCUUUUGAACAAAUUCUGCUAACAAAACCCUAUGAUAGGUUCACCUUGAAGAUGCACAACAAUAAAUGACUUUUAGGGGUCUUGGUCCCCAGAAGUCACCAGCCAACAAGAUCUCUGAUUCUGGUGCCUGGGGGAUUCAGGGAGUUGUCCAAAAAGCUGUAAUGCUUCCCGGAUAUGGACUGUGUUGAGUUUCUCCAAGUCCACACAGCACUCUUGUUCUAAAAAUGAGUUGAAGAAGGCACUCCAACUUGCCUUUCUCAGGAUGGAACUAAUAAUCAAAAGCUCAUAAUAUUCUCCACCUUAAUUCUGUAAUACCUUAAUUCAGUACUUUUCACCUGUAAAUAGCAGCUAUGUUUUUUUCACUCAAGCUUUGUGUUUUGGCAUUCCUGCUUAUCAUUGUCUCUGAAUUACUAAGCAGUUAAGCUGCAGCACCAGAAUGUAGACUGUGGGAACGAGAGUAUGAUCUCAUGCUGAAAAGCCGGAGCAACCUACAUUCCUGAGUCAGUAGCAGCAACUGUGACUUCAUUUGGCAUCAGAAUCUGGGGCCCAGCCCAAAAAGGCACGGCUCAGUCUGAACUUGGGAAGUGGUAGGUGCGUGAGUAUACAUAAAACAGUCUCAAGACAGAAGUUAAAGGGAUUCUGACAGGUGAAAAGGCAGAGUAAUAAGUCCCAAGAGCUGAAGAGAGACGCUUAUAUAGGAUUGUGUUCCUUUCUCCUUCUAAUUAAUUUCUGUUCAGGAGACACUACGUUGUUUAAUUUGCAAAAACUUUUAAACCAUAGUUUGUGAAACACGUUUUAAAAUGUAUUGUUUCCUUUUCUGACCAUCUGAUGCUGCUAAGAGAGAAAAGGUUUUUUCCCCCCAUUGCCACAUGGUGAAUCCCACUGAAGAGCAAAGAUUUGAAGCUGGGUUUCCUGGAUAAAAUUCUCCACAGGCUGAUCACAAUCCUCCGGACUUUGAAUUUAGAAGAUCUAUGGACUAGAUUCUUCAUGUAGUAUUAUGAUCAUAAUAUAUUGGAAAAGGUGAGCAGGAAAGGAAGGCUUUUUACAGCUGUACAGUCACGGGAGCGGCGAUGGAAACUAGAAAUGGAAGCCUUCCUCAAGAUGGAGUGGAGACCUCUGUGAUGAUCACCUCAGAGAUGGACCCUCCGGCCAAGCCCUCACCUUUACGGAUGCACGGCCUCCGCAACCUGGCAAUAGCUAGCAUCAUCUGUGGCUGUUCUUGUCUUGGAGUCCUAGCACUGAUCUACGCAGUCAAGGCUAAUGAGAAACAGAAAGCUGGCUCCCAAGAACUGGCGCUUCGCUGGGCCCAGAAAUCUCGGUGCCUGUCCGUCUUGAGCAUCAGCGUCUGGCUGGGGCUUCUCAUUCUGGUGCCCAUGUCGAUGGUCUUACUUUCUUACCUCUUGUCGCAAGCGGAAUGACGGGGGCCCAUUCGAAGACAUGACUCUGGGCUCCCAGGGUCGCCUCUUCUUAGGCUGCAUUGGAGAAAUGGCUCAGCCAAGGCCAGGGAGACCCUCACAGACGCAGGAGUCCAGCGCAUGCCAUGCAGCUGCGGACAAGUCUGCAUAGGGACACCAGACGCAGUGCGCAAACAAGGAUCAAGGGGCAUGGAAAUGUAGACCAAAAUGGAGGACGUUUAAGGUCCUCCAUUUUCCCUAAUGUCCUACAUUUGGGGCUAAAUUUUGUCCUACAUUUUGCCCUGGUUUAUAGUAGAGAAUUGUGGCAACCCUGAGGUCCAUGGAACAAGGUCAAAUGGUUCUCAAAUCACCGGGAAUAAACUACAAGAAGCUAACCAAGCGCCGGCAGCCGUUGCCGUUCUGUCCCAAGCGCUGAAGAGCAAAGUGCCCUUUGUAAAGCCGGAGUAGGAGAAGGAAGGAAGGAAGAGGCAGAGCCUUUGGGCACAAUAAAGACACACAAAUCUAUCGCGACACAAGCUUCUGUGGGACGGAGGACAUCGGGCGCAUAGAGGAGGGGACUGAGAGAUGCGUUUCAUCCCUUGCCUGUUUUGCUGAGCCCUUUCCCUGUGCUGCUGUGUGCUAUUUAUAUGUAUUCUGCUGCUGCUUCUGAGAUCGCAUCUGUCUUACUGUUUGCAAAUCUACAGCGCUGUAUAAAUAAAGCAUAAUCAUAGUAAUAAUAAUAAUGGUAUAGAGAUUUAACCAAGGUCAGGCAAGGCAUGAUUCAGUGCAAAGCAAACUGACAGUCUUCAUGCAAAAUAAAGGCAGGCAGAACCAAAUGUCGCUAUCAGCCUUAGGACAGAAAGCUCAUAACAAACAGCAAGCUCCUAGUCCUCCUCUGUGCUUCGGUCUCUCCUUCCGCCUGUCCUACCUCGCGGGGUUGUUGUGAGGAGAAAAUAAGGGGGCGUGGCCAAACAGGGCGACGGUUGGAGGGGCGUGUCUUGUUCGGUGACGUUUCCAAGGCCCUGAAUAAAAGCCUCGACCUCAGCGUAACCUCUAACUCCAUCUUGCGAAACCCUGAAUAACCCCUCCGGCCAGUCCCCGCCCUCCUUCGCUCGCCAUUGGCUGUUGGUUCACCCGGGCUUUGUUUUCCUCAGUAUGCGGC